AUGGGUGCAGGACUCCUGCCCACGGCCCCUGUCUCCCCGAGCAGCACCUUCCCUUUUCCAGGCAGUGACUGGCCCAAGCCCAGCCAGGCUUCCCCAGGACGCACUGUAGGGCUGAGUCCUGACAUCUGCCUGCACCACCCCAUGUCCCGCCGGGGUAGGCCUGAGUCCAACAAGAGUCGUCGCAUCACACACAUCUCCGCCGAGCAGAAGAGACGCUUCAACAUCAAGCUGGGCUUCACCACACUGCACAGCCUGGUGAGCACGCUGAGUGCCCAGCCCAGCAUCAAGGUCAGCAAGGCCACCACCCUGCAGAAGACAGCUGAGUACAUCUGCAAGCUGCAGCAGGAGCGGGCGGCUCUGCAGGAUGAGGCACAGCGGCUGGGGGGGGAGNNNGAGGAGCUCAAUGGCUCCAUCAACCUGUGCCAGGAGCAGCUGCCAGCCACGGGGGUGCCCAUCACACGCCAGCGCUUUGACCAGAUGCGCAGCAUGUUCGACGAGUACGUCCGCUCCUCCACCCUACAGAACUGGAAGUUCUGGAUUUUCAGUGUCAUCAUGCGGCCCCUCUUCGAGUCUUUCAAUGGCAUGGUGUCCACAGCCAGCAUGGAGAGCCUCACCCAGACAUCCCUCGCCUGGCUGGACCAGCACUGCUCCCUCCCAGCGCUUCGGCCGA